CUUAUUGGUUUUCCUUAAAAACCGCUUCACCCCAGAUCCCUCCUCACUGUGCGUCGCCGGUGUUGUUGUAUUUUCACGCUUUUAAAAACAAAUUGACAGUAUUUUUGUUUCAUUGGAAUAGCCAUCAAACAUGGCUCAUGUCAACAUUUGCGUCAAACGGCUUCUGACCAUCUUCAACAUCUUCUUUGCGGUUAUCGGCGGUCUCAUCAUCGCCUUCGCAUUCCUCGGGCAGACACUGAGCUCCAGCCAUGGAGGAGGAAAAGUCGAGGGUCGGGACACUGGCCUGAUCAUGCUGUAUCUGUUUGGAUCCGUAACCAUGGUGAUCGCUGUGCUGGGAGCCUAUGGUUCUCACAAGGAGAACAGAGGCUGCCUGAUCGCUUUCCUGGUCUGUAUGGUGAUUGGAAGUCUGAUCAUGCUCCGCUGCGGGAUCCCUGUCGCCACCGCGCGCCCCAUGCUGGCUGAUUAUUUUGAGCAGAAGUUUAGGACGGCUCUGCCUCUCGACACGGCGUCACGCGAAGACAGGCACAUGGCUGAGAGCAUACAGCAGGAGCUGCAGUGCUGCGGUCUGUUCAGCUACAGGGACUGGGAGGACAGCAUCCCCGACACGUGCCUGUGCAGCGCAGCCGAAGCGAGGGAGGGGAUCUGCCAGGACGUCUACACCGUGAGUUUCUGCAACAUUAUAAUAUAUUUAAUAAGGAUGCUCCGAUCGAUCGCCGAUAUUCACUCUUAAUAGUGCUCUCUAUAAAGGCCGAUCAGGAGAGCUGAUCACAUGACGUAAAACGGCGGUACUACAAUUUCAGUAUCAGUCCGUGACGUCACCGGAGCAUGGAGACACGGAGACUAAAGCUUCCCUUG